GUGGUCAGCUCUGGCUUGUCGUAAAUGCGAGCGCUGCUCAUGCGCAGUUCGGUCCAACUCCGUGUCACCGGCAAGGCUGAGAAUCGGCGAUAGAGGCGUGUUUGUAUUAGGCUCCUGAAAGCUCAAGUUCUUCGAUUUAUUUAACGUUUGUUCGUUUUGGUUCAGUUAUUAUGGCCGAUCCCCGAGUACGACAAAUUAAAAUUAAGACCGGAGUAGUUAAACGCCUGGCGAAAGAGGAGGUGCUCUAUGUGAAAGAAGCCAAGCAGCAGGAGGCGAAGAUCGAGGGACUGAAAGCUGAAGGAGGGGAUGAGUACGUCAUCAAGAAGCAGAUGGAGGUCCUCCAGGAGUCGCACAUGAUGAUCCCUGACUGUCACCGGCGCUUGGCCAUGGCACACGCUGACCUAUCACAGUUACUAGAAACGGAAGCCGACCUUGGAGAGCUAGAGGAAUACAAAGAUGCCAGAACUAUGCUGGACUCUGUGAAGUUGGAGGGAUGAUGGUUUCAUCAUGGUUUCAAACAGCCGUGUCCAUUCCACUGAGUCAGGCAUUGGAAGCAUAAAGACAAACAUAACGUGAAACUUUUUUCUUGUAUUGCUUGCUGACUAAUUAUCCUACAUGUUGUUAAUUGAUUGUGCAGUUCAAAUAAUCAAAUAAAUGUUUUUUUUUUCAAUCCUACGUGAUUUUGUCAUCAAUGAAAAUUUCCACAAGAAACAAUUUCACAACAAUGUACGGUAAAGUAUUGUGCAUAGUGACUAUUUUGGGAUUAACAAUCAUUAAAGCAUCAUAAUAACAAGUCUAGGUUAUCUCUAUAAAAAACUGUAAUGUAAGCAGUCCUAUAUUACCUUGAAGUACCAAAAUGCGAUUGAGCAGUGAAAGCUAAGUUCAUGUUCAUCGAUAGUGGAAGUUUUCAUUGCUGGUUAUUGGAACUGUUCAGGUUACUGAGUGGAGUUUGGAACACACCAAUAGCACUUUGUUUGCAUUUAAUAAAUAUUUUGAAUAUUGUGUAUAUAUCGGCAGUAAUAAAAUGUAAGAUUUGCAGUCACUUGCAGGUUAGAAUGGAGGUUAAUCAGCUAGGUUUAUAUGCCAUGCAGAACUGUGCAAGUGUAACCUGUCUGUAGGUCAGGAGUCAACUCAAAUUUACUUUAUCCCUCAAUAAAAAUAAGCAAAGAUGGAUCUCAAGAAGUAAAAAUACAACUAAUGAGCUGUCACUCUUAAUUAUUUGAAAUAAAAUCAAAUAGAAAUGUUUUCGCAUUAAUAUGCUAAUUUGUAAUCCUCUGCAUUAUCGACUCCCGUGGCAUCCUGCUUCACUGUGUUAUUAAAAUGAGGUAAAAUCCGAAAA